AUGUCUGAAUUACAUCAUUUAUUAACAUUUCCUAAAAGACCAAUCAAUGAAAAAAGUUAUGUUGUUCCAUUAACUGAAUUUCUAAAGGCAGGCAUCCCUGCCACUUACACAUUAGAACAAAUAAUAGCCUUUGAAAAGAGCAACUCGAACAACAAUACCAAUGAGAAGGAAGAAUCUGAUGAAAAGGAAAAGAAUGAAGAAAUAGAAAAUGAUGACGAUAAUAAUUCCAAUACCACUCCAUUGCAUAUCUUAGCUAGAUCGUUGCCUAAAGAUUUAACAUCAGAAGAAACCGACAUCGUGUUGAAAUUAAUGAACGUGCUGUUUGAAUAUGGUGCAGGUUGGAAUUUCUUAGACUAUGAAAAUAAAACUGUAGGCGACCUUUUAUUAUUGAACGGUCAGUCUAAGGAUGGCCCCUUAUAUCAACGUCUUGUGGAGGCAGGUGUCGGUGCAGAAUUGCUUCUACGUAAGAUUGACGAUAAUAAUAUACAGUUUUUAGAUGAUUAUGAUAUUGAAAAGGAAGAAGGACACUGCCUAGUUGAUCACGCAGAAGAAAUUGCUAAUGAUAAUACUAGUGACAACUCCAAUGAAAAUACUGAUAAUGACGCUACUGCCGGUGAUCAAAUGACUUAUUUAAACACCGAAUUGGAAUAUACAAAAGAUUCCCUUGUUACAAAGAAUAACAGAGAUGGUGUCAUGAUGGAAUGGGAGGAUCAAAUCAUGAAAUUAGCUGCUGACACUUUGUUCUCAUCUCCUGCUUUAGAGGCUAACAACGAUGCCAUUGUCUUAAAUAUUGGGUUUGGUAUGGGGAUAAUAGACACAUACAUUCAAACUAAAGCACCCAAAUUACAUUAUAUAUGUGAGGCUCAUCCUGAUGUAUUGGCAAAGAUGAGAAAAGAUGGUUGGUAUGAUAAACCAAAUGUGGUCAUUUUAGAAGGUAGAUGGCAAGACACUUUAAAUAGACUGUUGGACCAAGGUGAUGUCUUCUUUGAUGGUAUAUACUAUGACACUUUUAGUGAACAUUAUCAGGAUAUGUUGGAUCUAUAUGAUGUCAUUGUGGGGUUAAUCAAGCCUGAGGGGAUAUUCUCUUUUUUCAAUGGACUUGGUGCCGAUAGAGAAAUAUGCUAUGAUGUUUAUAAAAAAAUUGUUGAGAUAGAUGUUGCUACUUAUGGAAUGAAAUGUGAAUUCACCACUGUUGAUAUCACAAAAAUUUUACCAAAUUGGCAAAAUGUUAAAAGAUCUUACUAUAAUUGUAAUUAUUACUAUCAUCCAUGUAUAUCAUUUAUAUAA